AAAAAAAUCUAUCAAUAGCAUACAUAGAAGUAGAACGGGUAAAAGAUCAAAAUGUUGACAUCCUAAUUACCAAAUUAACCUUAGUAUUAUUUUUAUUUGGAAAGAUAAUUAUAUAUUAAAGCCCGGGCUUAGGUCGGGUCUUGGGCUUAGAGUUGAAUUCCCCCUGGUCUGAGCUUGUCCCCGAGCCCCAAUCAAGAGGAACAAAAGCUCGAUCAUCCCCGGCCCGUCCCACCUUUAAGUGACUGACAAAAACGAAGCCUAGUUUUGAAAAUUUUUCUUUGUUUACGUGGAGAGAUAUAAUUGGGCUGUGGAACUCACCAUAUUUAGGUGGGUGUAGAUUAGCGAAGCCUCCAAGCGUAUACCUUAAAAAUCAUCCAUAUCGAAACCCUGAAACCCUAGCGCCGGAGCGGCUUCGAGGCACAAACGAUCCUCUCUCCUCUCCACAUCCAUCAAGUAAUUUUCUGCUAGGAAGAAUGUCUAUUGGAGAGCAGGCUUGCACUCUCGCUAUAUUGAUUCUCCACGACGAUGGGAUUCCCGUUACUGCCGAGAAGAUCAGCACCUUGCUUAAAGCGGCCAAUGUGUCAGUAGAAUCAUACUGGCCGGGUCUGUUUGCUAAGCUUGUAGAGAAGAAGAGUGUAGAUGAUCUAAUCAUGAAUGUUGGUUCUGGUGGUGGUGGCGCACCCAUGGCUGUUGCUACCAUGGCUGGAGGCGGUGAUGCUGCAGGUGCAGCUGCACCUCCACCUGAGGAGAAGAAGGAGGAACCAAAGGAAGAGAGUGAUGAGGACAUGGGAUUCAGUUUGUUUGAUUAGGAGCUCCUUUCAGUAUGAAUAGUAUUUUGCAAUUUUAUGACUUCAUUUGUAGUUGCUCAGUAAAUUUGAAGCUGUCGUAUUUUUAUGUGAUGUUACCAGCACAGCAGACACUAGCUGGAAAAUUUUCGAUGUUUGGGUUGGAUUGUUUCUUAAUGUUAGUAUUUCAAACAAAAUAUGCGGAUGGGUGAAACUUGUCAAGCAUUGAGAUAAUGGCUUCCUAAAUGUGAUUCCACUCAUGAAUGGUCUUUAUAUCAUGUGCUUAUUUUUUUGGUUUA